AUGCCAGCAAGCCGACGCUUGAGUUCCUGGCUGCCACUCGUACUUCCGGUGCUUCUGGUGCUUCUGACUUCGAGCUCCAGUGCCUGGCUUGGGGUCGGCCGUCGCUUGCUGUUUGCCUCCGUGCUGUUGCCAGGGCCUGCACGAGCUGAUGCCCCUGUUGGAGGCUACGACAGAGGAGCACCACGUGUGAUGCAACCUCAGGUCAGAUAUCCCGAGUUCAUUCGCAUGGAAGGCCCCACGGGAGAUUUCAGUAUCAACAUCCCAACAGCUUGGCGGGCUGAGUUCGAAAACAAUCCCGGACGGCUCAUCUACGCGGUUGAGAAUACGGCAGGCUUCAACAGCGCCACACUUCAGGUUGCGCGCCUUUCCCUGUCCAGCUUUGUGCCGGAUGCGAACAGCAAGACAAGCAAUUGGCGGGAUGCCCUUGGCAACACGACGGAAGCGAACAUUGCUCAAGCCCUCAUGGUUGUUGCUCAGCAAGGGCUCAGUUCGGAGAGAGAAGGCUAUGCAAAGACAACGGUCCUUGAAACCGAGAUCGAAGCACCGGAGCCCAAUGCAGACGCAACAUCACUGCUUUGGCGGGCGAAAGCCGCGGUCGAGGAUUUCCGUCAAAGUCGCAUCAUCAGUGGCAGAGCCUUGCUGCGACAGGGCGUGGUGGUGUUCGCGGUGGCGACAGGAUCCGAGCGCUUCGGUGCCGUGUCCGGCACCAUUAGCCCAAGCGGCUUUGGCUGGGAGUUCAACAACCGCCUUGUUGGGAGCUUGCGCCUGAGGCGCCGCUAA